UCAGGAUAGAUGUAUAAUAUUGCUUAAGUACAGGGAAAAAGCGAAGUUUAUCCAUGUUUUUUUGUUUUGAAUCAGUAGUUCAUCACAGAGUACAGACUGGAGAGUGUCAGGAGAGAGAGUAAAGAGUAGAGAGAGAGAGAGAGAGAGAGGAAAGGAAAGGAAAAUAAAAAGAAGCAGCCGGCUUAGAUAGAUAGAUCACAGACGCAUCUGUUGUUGCUUUAUCCGGUGUUUAUACUUGCUGAACAGACGGGCGCAAUGGGGAGAAAAUCACCUGCGAAAUGGAUAAAGACUGUUUUGUUUGGAAAGAAGUCUUCCAAAUCUCUUAUUGUCAAAGGAAGGGAGAGAACUGUGAAUGACAAAGAGACAUUGGUUGCUGUCAGAGCCGUGGAAGCUGAUGUGACCUCAGUUCCUCCGGUGGUCAAGCCGACAGCCCCCACUACCACUAAUAUCACUGAAAGGAUGUUAGAGCUAGAGAGCAGGGAAACUACAGAAUCAUCACGUGAUGGAGGUAUAUUGUCAACUGGAAAUCAAGAUGCAAAUCAUUCUCAAUUAUACACUCCUGAUGCUCCUCCAUCUGAUGCUGACAAAAUAAGGCUUGAUGAAGCUGCGACAAUGGCACAAGCCGCAUUUAGGGGUUACUUGGCUCGCCGAGCAUUUCGAGCUCUUAAAGGCAUAAUAAGGCUUCAGGCUCUUAUCCGUGGACACUUGGUUAGAAGGCAAGCUGUUGCUACUCUCUGCUGUGUGCUCGGAGUUGUCAAGUUACAGGCUCUUGCUCGAGGAAGAAUGGUUAGGAAUUCAGAGAUUGGCUAUGAGGUUCAUAAAUUAUGCAGCCAAGUAAAACUGCCGGAGGGCAAGCUUGCAGAUUCUAGUGGAGUUGGUAUACAAAUGGCCAAGCUGUCAUCAAAUGCUUUUGUUCGCAAGCUUCUUGCUCCAUCACCUGCUGUAAUGCCAUUGCAACUCCCCUAUGAUUCCAUGGAACCAAACUCAGUUGCAAACUGGUUAGAGUGCUGGUCAGCGUCCUCUUUCUGGAAACCAGUUCCCCAACCAAAAAAAAUUACUUGCUCAAAAACUCAGAGAAAGCAGAGUAAUGGUCAAAUAGUGGAAGCUGAAACUGGUAGGCCAAAGCGCAGUGUUCGGAGGGUCCCUGCUGCAAAUGUUGACAGUACCUCAGUACAAGCAGCCUCUGAAUUUGAGAAACCCAAGCGCAAUUUGAGGAAAGUUUCAAGCCAUCCAGCUGAUUCAGCAGAAAAUUCACAGAUUGAGCUUGAAAAGGUAAAGCGCAGCUUAAGAAAGGUUAAUAACCCCGUUAUAGAAAACUCUGCUCAUUCAGAGGUUGAAAAUGAAAAGCCAAAGCAAGGUCUAGAAAAGGUAUCUGGCACUUCAGGUGAUAAUGUUUUGGGAUGGAGCGUAAGUAAUUCAGCUGAGAAGAUGAAGAAAGAAGCUACCUUGACAACAUCCAAUGUACCUGAUGUGGUGAAGAAUGAUCCAAACUUGAUGUCCAAGUUGCCUGAUGCAGAGACAGCUGAUGAACCUGUAGAAAUGAUCAAGACAUUGGAAUCAUCACAUGACGAUCAAGCUGUGGUAGAAUCUAAAGCUUCAGUAGAUACUGGUGGUAUAGUUGAGAAUAUGCAAAUAAAUGGGAAGUCCAAACACCAGGAUGAUCCAACAAGCAAUGAAAAUCACAAAACUGCCAAGAAACCUUCAUUCACAAUGAAACCAGAACGUGCCGAGAAUGGGCUACAGAGCAGUCCCACCCUCCCUAGCUACAUGGCAGCAACUGAAUCUGCAAAGGCAAAGCUGAGAAUGCAAGGCUCCCCAAGAUUUAGUGAAGAUCGAGUUGAGAAAAAUAACAUCACCCGUCGUCAUUCUCUGCCCUCUUCAACUAAUAGCAAAAUCAGCUCCGAGUCCCCGAGGACACAAAGAGCAGUUCAUGGUAGUGGCAAAGGGGGGAAUAAGAGUGACAAGUCUUUAUUGUCUUCAAGAGAUGGAAAUGCUAAGGGAGCCCAACCAGAGUGGAAGAGGUAAUUGUGGAACAUUGGUCUUUCAAGGAAGCAUAAGGUCUCUUAUUUCAUCUGCGGUUUUUCUUUUUACAUCUUUGGUGCAAGAUCAUGGUGUAGCAGUGAAACAUGGUCUAUAGCCGGAAGGGGUGUGUUGGCUCUGAAUUCUAGUUUUCUGCUGUGGCUGUUUGCGAGUGGAUGUACAUCAUAGGUUUUUAAUCUUCAAUCUUGCUAAAAUCGUACAUUUAAUUCUAAAUUGUGCCUGGUUUUGACGUGA